AUGCUUCUAAGGUGGUUUGUGCCAUUUUGUUUAUUUGCUCUGGUGCUAUGCGAUGAGCCAAAAAAGGAAGCCCCGGAAGAGGAAGAUGAUGUUGAGGUGGAAUAUGAAAUGGAUGAAGGUGUUGUCAUCUUGACUGAUAAGAAUUUUGAUGAUUAUAUGAAGAAAAAUCCAACAGUAAUGGUAAAAUUCUAUGCUCCGUGGUGUGGACACUGCAAAGCAUUAGCGCCGGAAUAUGUUAAAGCAGCGAAGGAGGUUUCUAUUCCAUUGGCAAAGGUUGAUGCUACUGUAGAAACGGAGACUGCAAAAAGGUUUGAUAUAAAAGGCUAUCCCACUGUGAAGUUCUGGCAUAAUUCGAAAGACCCUGUAGAUUACGAUGGUGGCAGAGAUGCUGAAAGCAUUAUUGAAUUCGUCAGAAAAAGAACGGAUCCCGAUUACAAACCGCCACCAGAGGAAGUAGUUUCUCUAACAAAAGAAACCUUUGAUGAAUUUGUAUCUUCUCGACCGCUGGUCCUUGCCGAAUUUUAUGCUCCAUGGUGUGGACACUGCAAGCAGUUGGCACCAGAAUAUGAAAAAGCAGCUAAACGUCUCAAGGCACAAGGUCGCGAAAUAGCUCUGGUAAAGGUAGACGCAACAUCUGAAAAAACUCUCGCUGAUCAAUUCGGUGUUUCCGGAUUCCCGACGCUGAAAAUAUUGCGAUAUGGAAAGAGAUUUGAUUACAACGGACCGAGAGAUGCCGAUGGUAUUGUUAGAUAUAUGAUUGAACAGUCUGCUCCGGCGGCAAAGAAGUUAAGUAGUGUUAAAGAAGUUCAUCGUUAUAUGCAGAAGCAAGACAUAACAAUUGUUGGUUUCUUUACCAGUGAUGAUUCUAAACUGUUUGAAGCCUUUAGCGAUGCAGCCGAAAUGACUCGUGAGGAAUUCAAGGUUGGAUAUACCAUGGAUCCUGAAACUAUAAAACAUUUUCAAGCAAAGUCAAAAGAUAUUAUUAUUUUCUACCCCGAAGUCUUCUGGAGCAAGUAUGAGCCGAAACGAACUGUGUAUUCUAAGGGAGAUUCGUCUGCUGAAGACUUGUUAACUUUUUGGAGGGAAAAUGCAGCACCACUUGUUGGACAAAUGACAAGGAAAAAUGCUGCAAAUCGCUAUUCAAAAUAUCCUCUUGUUGUUGUGUAUUACAAUGUUGAUUUCUCGAAGGAAUAUAGAGACGGCACUCAGUACUGGAGAAAUAAGGUACUGGAUAUUGCUAAUAAGUAUAAGAAGGACAAGUAUCGGUUUGCUGUUGCUGAUGAAGAAGAAUUUGAGAAGGAACUGGCUGAGGUUGGUCUUGGCGAUAGCGGUCUGGAACAUAACGUCAUCGUAUUUGGAUUCGAUGGUAAAAAGUAUCCUAUGGAUCCUGAAGAAUUUGAUGGUGAUUUAGACGAGAACCUGUCCGGUUUUAUGAAAAAAAUAUCAAGUGGUCAAGCGAAGCCGUACGUUAAGUCACAACCGAUACCAAAAGAUGAUAAAGGCCCAGUUAAAACUUUGGUUUCUGCUAAUGUUGCCAAGAUUCUUGCUGAUGAAUCUAAAGAUGUCUUAAUAGAAUUCUAUGCACCAUGGUGUGGUCACUGCAAGGCUUUUGAACCAAAAUACAAGCAACUGGCUGCAAAGCUAAAAACAGAACAACCAAAUUUAAUUGUGGCGAAAUUUGAUGCAACGGCAAAUGACGUUCCUCCUAAUUACACUGUUGAGGGAUUUCCGACGAUAUACUUUGCUCCUUCUGGCAAGAAAGAUGCCCCAGUUAAAUAUACUGGUGACCGUAAUAUCGAUGAUUUAACGAAGUUUUUGAAGAAACAUGCUGUGAAGUCAUUCCAAGAUAAAGCUAAGGAUGAAAAAACUGAACUUUGA